GCCUGGAAAUUGUGAAUUAGUUUGAUAUUGAAAAGAGUUUAAAAUGAAGUUUAUGAUGCGAUUUGUUUUUGUUGCUGCGGUUUUCGUAAGUUGUUUCUAUUCUGCAUUGUGUGGUGACAAAAAGGAUAAAGUUAAGCCUCCCAAGCCCAAAAAUCUGUUCAAGGAUCCCUCAUUUUAUCAAAUAAACUCUUUGUACCUUGUAAAUCUGGGCCAGAAACACAGAGAGCUUAACUCAUCAAUUGUCAAUAUGAAAAGGUCAUUUGAAAGUCUAAAACGAGAAACGUCAUACAUUUUAUCCGCAUUUACAAGUGGUUUGAAUGAAUUUGAUAAUUUGAAUCGCAAAGUUAUUGCAUUUGAGCAAGCAAAUCAGAAAUACGUGACCGAAGUGACAAACGCCGAUAAAAAGUUAUUAAAAGAUAAUGCUAAAGCAAUGAAAAAAUUUACAGCAGAUCAAAUGUAUAACUUGGAAGACACAUUUAUUGCCCACGAAAAGAAAGCAGCCAAAGAGCGUAAUGACAUCAAGCAAAUGGCCAAACGUUUAUUGGAUGAAAUGACUGAUCGCAAAAAUUACGCUUUUGAGAUUUUCGCACGUUUCGAAUCAACACAAAAAACUUUGGAAGAUUUGAAACCAUCAUUUUCUUUUGAAUCUGUCAGAAUGAAGGAAAUCGUGAAGGAAAUCAAUUUACGACAAGCUUAACCACAAUGUAAAGUAUAAUAAAAAUGGCUUGCCCAUUAAAUGAAUUAUGUAUUGAA